UUAAAAGGGAGUUAUUUAGCAGCUGGUCGGAGCCAGGAUAUUUUUUUAAAUCAAGGUAAUUUUGGAGGAGGAAAAUUUUCUUCUUUUUUUUUUUUUAUUCCACUGGACCAUUUUUUCGUACCUGGAUCUGGGCUCGUUCCUGUGUGGAUUUAUUUUAAACUGUUUCUGCUUCUGUUGUUCCACAGCUGCAGGUCGUUGAAGUCUCAGCAUGAAGUUGACGGGAAUAUUUUUGUUGCUGAUGCUGUGGAGCUGCGAAUGCGCGCGGGUUGCAGAGAGCAGGGACGACAACAGCGUCUACGACCUGUUCGAUCUCAUCCAGGUCCCCAAGAAGAACCACGGAGUCACCACGGUGAAGGGAGACGACCCGUACAGCCCUGCCUACAAGAUCCUCGACCCGGACCUGAUCCCCCCGCUCCCCGAGACCGCCUUCAGGGACCUGAUUGACUCCAUCCACGCCGAGCGGGGAUUCCUCCUGCUGCUCAAUUUGAAACAGUUCAAACGCACCAGGGGAAGCCUCCUGACCGUGGAGAAGCGGGACGGCUCCGGGCCCGUCUUCGAGAUCGUCUCCAACGGCAAGGCCAACACUUUGGACAUAGUUUUCUCCACGGAGAACAAGCAGCAGGUGGUUUCCGUGGAGGACGUGGACCUGGCCACGGGUCACUGGAAGAACAUCACCCUGUUCGUGCAGGAGGACCGGGCUGUGCUCUACGCUGGAUGCGAGGAAGUGAACACGGCGGAGCUGGAUGCGCCCAUUCACAGCAUCCUGACGCAGGACACACCGGCCAGUGCGCAGCUGCGGGUCGGCAAAGGAGCAGUGAAGGACCGGUUCAUGGGGGUUCUUCAAAACGUGCGCUUCGUCUUUGGGACCACCCUGGACGCCAUCCUCCGGAACAAGGGAUGUCAAAGCUCCGUUACCUCCGACACCAUGAUCCUGGAGAACCUGAACGGAUCCUCCGCCAUCAGAACCACAUACACCGGACACAAAACCAAAGACCUGCAGAUGGUGUGUGGCUUCUCCUGUGAGGACCUGACCAGCAUGUUCAAGGAGCUGAAGAGCCUCGGUGUGGUGGUCAAGGAGGUGACCAACGAACUCCGACAGCUGACGGACGAGAACAAGCUGAUCAGGACUCACAUCGACAGCCACAGGGGCGUCUGUCUCCACAACGGCAUCGUCCACAAGAACAUGGACGAGUGGACGGUGGACGACUGCACCGAGUGCACGUGUCAGGACUCUGCUACUGUGUGCCGCAAGAUCUCCUGCCCACUGAUCCCCUGUGCCAACGCUACAGUUCCAGACGGAGAGUGCUGUCCCCGCUGUGGAACACCGAGUGACUAUGCAGAGGACGGCUGGUCGCCUUGGUCUGAAUGGACCCAUUGUUCCGUGUCGUGUGGGCGGGGCAUCCAGCAGCGCGGGCGCUCCUGCGACCGUAUCAAUAACAACUGCGAGGGCACCUCGGUGCAGACCCGCGACUGUUACCUCCAGGAGUGCGACAAACGCUUCAAGCAGGACGGAGGCUGGAGCCACUGGUCCCCCUGGUCGUCCUGCUCCGUCACCUGCGGCUCUGGUGUCAUCACACACAUACGCCUCUGCAACUCCCCCACCCCUCAGAUGGGAGGCAAGGACUGCGUGGGCGAGGGUCGGCAAACCCAGAAGUGUCAGAUGCCUUCCUGCCCCAUCAAUGGAAACUGGGGGCCGUGGUCACCGUGGGACACCUGCAGUCUGACCUGUGGAGGCGGCGUCCAGACCCGUAAACGUCUGUGCAACAACCCCGCAGCACAGUUCGGUGGCAAAGAGUGCGUCGGUGAAGCUAAAGACACUCAGAUGUGUAACAAGAAAAGCUGCCCAGUCGAUGGUUGUCUGUCCAAUCCCUGCUUCGCUGGAGCAAAGUGCAGCAGUUUUCCUGAUGGCUCCUGGAAAUGUGGCAAAUGUCCAACUGGCUACUCUGGCAACGGAAUCAAGUGUAAAGACGUCAAUGAGUGCAAGGAAGUUCCAGAUGCUUGUUUCGAGUUCAACGGCGUGCACCGCUGUGAGAACACAGAACCGGGCUACAACUGCCUGCCCUGCCCGUCUCGCUACUCAGGACCCCAGCCCUUUGGCAGAGGAGUGGAGCAGGCUGCUGCGAACAAACAGGUGUGCACGCCCCGUAAUCCCUGCCUCGACGGAAGCCACGACUGCAACAAAAACGCACGCUGCAACUACCUGGGACAUUUCUCCGACCCCAUGUUCCGCUGCGAGUGCAAACCUGGCUACGCUGGCAACGGACACAUCUGCGGAGAGGACACGGACCUGGACGGAUGGCCCAACGCUGACCUGGUCUGCGUGGAGAACGCCACCUACCACUGCAAAAAGGACAACUGCCCGAACCUGCCCAACUCUGGACAAGAGGACUACGACAAGGACGGCAUCGGAGACGCCUGUGACAACGAUGAUGACAACGAUGGAAUUCCAGAUGACCGGGACAACUGUCCGUUCAUCUACAACCCCAGGCAGUACGACUACGACCGUGAUGACGUUGGCGACCGCUGCGAUAACUGCCCCUACAACAGUAACCCCGACCAGACGGACACCGACAACAACGGAGAGGGAGACGCCUGUGCUGUGGACAUUGAUGGAGACGGUGAGGGUGACACCUGUGGACAGAUGUGUCCACAAAAGGUCCCUCAGGAUAAAUUCAUUAUCUAUAAAUGUAUUUUUAUGAAGCUAGAAGUUGGAAAGAGAUCAAACAAAAUUAAACGUCACGGUCGUGAGCCUUUGUUUCGUGUCCCGCUGCAGUUGGAUUCUGACGAUGACCGCGUGGGAGACAAGUGCGACAACAACCAGGACAUUGACGAGGACGGACAUCAGAACAACCUGGACAACUGUCCCUACAUCCCCAACGCCAACCAGGCCGACCACGACAAGGACGGCAAAGGUGACGCCUGUGACCACGACGACGACAACGACGGCAUCCCCGAUGAAAAGGACAACUGCAGACUGGCCUUCAACCCCGACCAACUGGAUGAAGACGGCGACGGUCGCGGCGAUGCCUGUAAAUACGACUUUGACCAAGACAACGUCCCCGACAUCUAUGACGUGUGUCCCGAAAACUUUGGCAUUAGUGAAACAGACUUCCGCAAGUUCCAAAUGGUUCCUCUGGACCCCAAAGGCACGUCCCAGAUUGAUCCCAAUUGGGUGGUGCGUCAUCAGGGCAAAGAGCUGGUGCAGACGGUCAACUGUGACCCUGGCAUCGCUGUUGGGUACCACGAGUUCAACGCCGUGGACUUCAGUGGAACCUUCUUCAUCAACACGGAGCGGGACGACGACUAUGCGGGCUUCGUGUUCGGGUACCAGUCCAGCUCCAGGUUCUACGUGGUGAUGUGGAAGCAGAUUACGCAGACGUACUGGUCCAAUAAACCCACUAAGGCUCAGGGUUACUCUGGUCUGUCCAUUAAAGUGGUCAACUCCACCACUGGACCUGGAGAGCACCUCCGAAACGCCCUGUGGCACACCGGAGACACGGCUGGACAGGUCCGCACUCUCUGGCACGACCCUAAAAAUGUUGGAUGGAAGGACUUCACUGCCUACAGGUGGCAUCUGAUCCACAGGCCGCGAACAGGACACAUCAGGGUGGUGAUGUAUGAAGGCAAAAAGAUCAUGGCUGAUACUGGAAGCAUCUACGACAAGACGUACGCAGGCGGCAGGUUAGGUCUCUUUGUCUUCUCGCAAGAGAUGGUUUACUUCUCAGACCUGAAGUAUGAAUGCAGAGGUAAGGAUUCUGGCUCCGUUCACGUCUGAUCCUGAUGUAACUCCUCUC